UCAUAAUCUUAAUCACACCAAAAUCAGUUUUCAAAGCGGCGGUGAAAUCCUAUUUUUAUGGUUACUGUUAAUAUUUUUUAUACAAAAAUGGUAAAUUAUUUACCCAAAGAAAGUAAAUAUAUGCUUAUUAAAAUUUUACGAUCCGCCAAUUUUAAUGAGCUGUUGUAAAUUUUCUGUGCAUUAUAUCUUGCUAUCUUAAUUUUGUGUUGUUAGAUGGUUGUUUGUAAUACGUAAUCGAGUAUAUAUUUAUCCCACAAGGUCGCUUGAUUAGGUAACAAAAAACAAACGAUGAACUUUAUCAGUCUCUAAACGAACGGAUAUACAGAAAGACGCGUAAGAUGUUAAAAUUAUUACUGUUUUUAUUUCUAUGUUGUGUGAAUAAUCAUGAAUCUGCAAGGAUUUUGGCUGUAUUCCCUUCACCUUCUAUAAGUCACCAAGUAACUUUUAGACCUCUGACAGAAGAAUUAGUAAAAAGAGGACACGAAUUAGUUGUCAUUACAACUGAUCCAGCGUUUUCGAAAGAAGAUAGACCAAAAAAUAUGACAGAAAUCAACUGUCACGAUUUCUCUUACAAAAUUUGGAGAGAAAACUUCAUUUCGAGAUAUACUCAUGCGAAUUCGAAGAGUUUGAAUGAUCAGAUAAAGUUAAUUUACGAAACGAUGAUAAAAGUGUUCGAAAGACAAAUGGCAUUGGAAGAAGUUCAGAAGAUUAUAAACAAGAAAGUUGAGCCGUUUGAUUUGAUAAUAGUCGAAGCUUACAUGCUACCGACGCUAGCAUUUUCCCACAUAUACAAAGUGCCUGUGAUACAAAUGAGCUCGUUUCUACCAGUUUAUACAGAUUUGAGGAAUGUAGGGGCCGUCGACCAUCCCAUUUUGUAUCCAACAAUAGGAACUCAGAAGCUGGAUAAUUUAAGCAUAUUUGAAAAAAUGGCUGAGCUAUACAAUUACUUUACGUCAUUUAAUGAUAUCGAGACAUGUACUAAAGUUUUCGACAAUGCCGUCAAAAGAAUAUUCGGUCCUGAUACUCCAAGUGUUAAUGAGUUGAGCAAUAAUAUUGAUAUGUUGUUUCUGAACACAUUCCCAAUUUGGGACUCAAAUCGACCAGUGCCUCCAAAUCUACAAUAUUUGGGAGGUAUACACGUGAAACCAAAGAAAGAACUACCUAAGGACCUCAAAUCAUAUUUAGACUCCUCCAAACACGGAGUCAUUUACCUAAGUUUUGGUACUAACGUGAGCCCUUCAGCCCUACCUCCAGCUAAAAUACAAACACUGAUAAAUGUUUUGUCUCGCCUCCCUUACGACGUAAUCUGGAAGUGGGACAAGGACGAAUUGCCUGGGCGAUCCAAUAAUAUCAAGAUAUCGAAAUGGCUGCCUCAGUCAGAUCUAUUGAGACACCCAAAAAUCAAAUUCUUCAUAACGCAAGGAGGCUUGCAAUCCACCGACGAAGCGAUAGAUGCUGGAGUACCUCUCUUGGGUAUUCCAAUGUUGGGAGACCAAUGGUAUAAUGUAGCUAUGUAUUUAAGACACAAAAUCGGGGUUAAAGUUGAACUAAAUGAUUUGAACGAGGAAAAUUUAAAAGAAGCUGUUGACGCUCUCACUAAAGAUGACUCUUAUCGAGAGAACAUAAAGAAACUGAGAGCAAUAAUGCACGACCAACCUCAGAGCCCGCUGGAGCGCGCGGUGUGGUGGACGGAGCACGUGCUGCGGCACGCCGGAGCGCGACAUCUGCGCGCGCGCGCCGCCAACAUGCGCUGGACAGACUACUAUGAGGUAGAACUAGUGGCGUACACAGUAGCUGGUCUAGUGUUAGUCCUUAUUGUCAUUGGAUUAGUGAUUAGAUUCCUUGUUAAAUUUGUGAUUGGUGCUCUUUCUAGGAAAAGUAAAUUAAAGAUUAAUUAAAUUACAAUGA